GUGCCGCUGUCUAAACGCAUGUAACCGCGGCACAGCAGUCAAGAUGCGCGCGCCGGUCGGUCCCGUGUGUGUCGCGACCCUCCUUAUAAUCCCUGCCGCCCUGGUACUUUGUCGUCAAGAAGACACAGGAUAUUACGCCGAAGAUGGCUACCAUGACGACGCCAUUGACGUUUUCGACAAAAACGCAGUAUGCCCCACGGACAGUUUAUUGCGUUCCCAAGAAACGUGUCACGUCGAGGGUGCGGACGUCCAGUGCAUAAGGAUACACUGCUGCGACGAUUACAACUAUAUUGCCGGACGCUGCAUACAAAAGUCAGUAGAAGCAUGCAGCCUGCGGUUAUGCGAGCAGGCGUGCGAGGUCCGCGGACAGCGUGUUUGGUGCUCCUGCCACCCGGGGUUCAGGUUCGACGAGGAGGCCUACAGAAGGAAAACGCAACCUUAUUGCGUGGAUAUAAAUGAAUGCUUGGAAAACAACGGAGGGUGCGAGCAGCGCUGCGUGAACGAUCCUGGCGGGUUCCAUUGCGAGUGUAACCCACCACUCUCUGUCGCUGGCGACGGUACCAAGUGUAUCCCACCCAUGGCUAUCACUUUGCCGGCGCCUUUACCUCUGAUACGUGCAUCGUCUCGAUGCUAUGCGACAUGCGACACAGUGUCGUGGCUUUCGAGGAAAGUUAAGCAGCUCAGUGACCAGCUGCACACCACGCAAGUCGCUAUGAAGAAGUUGUUGGAAAACCCUCUGUUGAGUGAGGCAGAUGGAGACCGGUUCGCAGAGGGUAACUAUGCGUACAGAGUUCUUGACUCUACAGCGCCACUGGAAGGCGGAUACUGCCGAUGUGAACGCGGACCUAGGGGUCCGCCUGGUCCGUCAGGCAUAGAAGGCCCGAAAGGCGACAUGGGCCCACGCGGGCCCCGGGGCGCAAAGGGGCCGAAAGGCUCCCUCGACCUCAUGCUACUCCUGCUGGCAGACAUCCGGCAUGAUAUACACAACUUGGAGGGAAGGGUCUACAAGGAAGGAGAACGGCCCGAGCGGUUCAACUUGCAAAAAGCAUGGCGUCGACAGCGUAAGCAAGAAAAGUUGGAAAAGGAGAAUAAAACUCAACAAGAGCUAGAGGCUUAUACCGCACCGCCCAUUGUAGGGGAAGGCCCUGUCGAAGUCUCUCCUCAUGGUCUUCGCGGAACGGUAACACGAGAAUCGGAAAUUACAACGGAUUGGACUCUUGUUAAAGGUGAUACCUAUGACAGCACCGAGUCCCAGGAUCUCGCAGACAUGGAUGAGAAACUCAACCAGUUCCGACUCCUGGCCAACGCGACCAGGUCUGAUGAAGAAGAGGAUGAAGACGCUUAUGAUGAUUAUAGCUUCUACUAG